UUACUUUGGUGGUAUGUUUUUUGGGGGCAAUUUGUUGGGAUUAAGCAGAUUUUUGUCCCCUUCUAGUAUUUGACUAGGAUUUUUUUUUAUUUGACAGUUGGGCAUUGACAGCCCUGUUAGAUAAAAGCACCAAAGUGUUUGCUAAGUGUCAACUGUACAAACUGUGUACAAUGAAGCAAUGAGAUAGUAAAAUAUUUUUAUCUAUUAUUUUAUAGUUGUAGCAAGGGAUACUCCUAAUUUAAGAUGGAUUCUUUACUGCAUAUAACAUGGAAAUGGGAAGAUAUGUGUGGACCCGAAGGCUUUCAUCCCUGGAAUGACACAAAGAAAGACUUUGGGCAAUGUUUCCAAGAACUAUGUUUUCAAAUACCUGUUUACUUUAUAAUUGCAAUUAUAUCUGGAUAUUACGUUGGAUAUAGAAGCGACUGGGUGAUACGUGAUAAAAUACUUGAAAGAGCAAUAGUACUACGUAGUUUCAUAGUGCUGAGUUUGGUAUUUAUACCUAUAAUUCAAUUGUAUUUUUUUAUUACAAAAGUGGACUACAUACUGUAUCCCGUUGACUACUUUGCGGCUGGUGCAUCAUGUUUAUCAUGGCUGGUCCAUUUUGGUUAUGUUUUAACAUUAAAGCAUCGUCUCGGAUUAAGUCCCCGAGGGCCUGCCAUACAACUGGUUAUGUGGAGUUUAUCAGUAGUAUUAAAUUUAGUCGCUCUUCGGACAAGUAUCCUUACUGAUUCAUCACCGGGCUUCAAUAUAGCAACAUUAUGUUGUCACGGUUUAUACUUCCUCACAUUACUUCCAUCAAAUGAUUCAAGGCCCACAUAUUACUCUCCAUGCCUUGUUGGCUCACAACAUUCUCAUAGUGAGUACACUCCAUUACUCCCUCAUGUGGAUGAAGGUGUACUUGGGACGGCGAUGCAAGGGUCUGGAUGGUUUUCUAAAUUAACAUUCACAUGGGUUAAUCCACUGCUUCAGAAAGGUCUACAGAAUAAAUUAAACGAUUCAGAUGAACUAUUCGACAUUCCAUCAAAAUACACUAGUUCAUACAUAGGAGCUAGAAUGGAGCGGGCAUUAAUUGGAAAUGUGGAUCAUUACCAACAAUAUUCAGAAGUCCUACAUGAACCUUUUAUUAGAUCAGCGUAUGGUUCUACAAGUGAAACUGUUCCUCAGGCGUCCACGCCGGUGACACCAGUGUCACGCAUUUUAGUUCGACCGACACGCAAGCAGAACGUAUCUUUAUUACGCGCCCUGCACACCUGUUUUGCAUGGCAGUUCUAUAGUAUCGGUAUAUUAAAGUUUGUGUCUGACAUGGUGGGUUUUGCUGGUCCACUCCUCCUUAACAAACUGGUCGCAUUUGUUGAAGAUGAAACUAUCGAUCAACACUUGGGAUAUGUAUAUGCAUCAGGUCUGAUGAUUGCCACUCUAGUGUCUACUCUAUUUAUUGUGCAUUUCAAUUGGUUAAUGUCAAUUAUUGGUCUUAAAAUGCGUGGCGCAAUCGUUUCAACAAUACUCAGGAAGACGCUAAGUGUGACAUCAACAACCCUUAGCACAAGCUUUUCUGUUGGUGAAAUUACGAAUUUUAUGUCUACUGAUACAGAUAGGAUUGUAAAUUCGUGUCCAAGCUUUCAUGCGCUUUGGAGUAUUCCACUUCAGUUAUUCAUUACACUCUUCCUGUUAUAUCAACAAGUGGGCAUAUCAAUUCUUUCCGGGGUAGCAUUCUCAGUAGUGUUGAUACCCAUCAACAAAUUUAUUGCGAACAAAAUCGGCGAUCUCAGCACUCAGUUGAUGAAACAUAAAGACAACCGAGUGAGCCUUAUCAGUGAUCUAUUGAAGGGGAUUCGAACUGUUAAAAUUCACGUGUGGGAAGAUUAUUUCAUCAACAGGGUGUCAGAUGCGAGGAAAGACGAGAUGCGUUACCUGCGCUGGCGCAAGUACCUGGACGCGGUGUGCGUGGUGCUGUGGGCCACCACGCCCGUGCUGGUGUCGGUGCUGACGCUCGGCACGCACGCACUCCGCAAGCAGCCGCUCGAUGCGCCCAUGGUGUUUACUACUGUGGCCCUGAUUAACAUGCUCAUAGCGCCGCUAAACGCCUUUCCUUGGGUACUCAACGGACUUACGGAAGCUUGGGUUUCAAUAAAACGUAUUCAGAAACUUUUGGAUCUUCCAGACAUGGAUAUGGAGGUGUAUUACGACAGAGUUAACACAAAUCGCGAUGAGGACAAAAUUAUUAUAUUCAAAAAUGCUACUUUCUCUUGGGUGAAUCCUUCCAAACAAAGGAAAAGUGUUAGUAAAUCUAAGAAAAACAAAGGGAAGUCCAAAAAGAGGCUAACAAGGGUCAGUAUUCAAAGAAGCGAUUCGACAUCGUCGUCCGAAGCCUUGGUGCAGGAUGAGCCAUUUUCCUUGAAAGAUAUAUCGCUGGAAAUUGGAAAAGGGGAGUUGGUUGGCAUAACUGGACCUAUUGGAAGUGGCAAAACAUCAUUAUUACAAGCUAUUAUUGGAGAAAUGUUGAAGAAAAGUGGUGACUUACAAAUACCUGAGAGUCUUAAUAGUUUUGGUUAUGUGUCACAAAAGCCGUGGUUAGUACGUGGUACGAUCCGUGACAACAUUCUAUUUGGAAAACCAUAUGAGGAGGCCAAAUUUAAAGCUGUCAUUGAUGCGUGCGCUCUCACAGAGGAUUUAAACAUUUUGGUGGAACGCAUAUGUGUGGGUGAAGGUGGCUGCACUCUGAGUGGUGGUCAACGCGCCAGAAUAUCUCUUGCGCGGGCCGUGUACCAGGAUAAAAAGGUGUACCUGCUGGACGACGUGCUGUCGGGCGUGGACGGCGCGGUGGGCGCGCACAUCCUGCAGCGCUGCGUGCUCGGGCUGCUGCGCCGCACCACGCGCGUGCUCGUCGCGCAGGCGCCGCGCGCGCUCGCCCGCGCCGCGCGCGUGCUCGUGCUGCAGCACGGGCGCCUCGUCAGGCAAGGUGACACUUCACAUUGUGUUUAUACUCAUUGUCGGGCGUGGACGGCGCGGUGGGCGCGCACGUCCUGCAGCGCUGCGUGCUCGGGCUGCUGCGCCGCACCACGCGCGUGCUCGUCGCGCAGGCGCCGCGCGCGCUCGCCCGCGCCGCGCGCGUGCUCGUGCUGCAGCACGGGCGCCUCGUCAGGCAAGCGCUGCGUGCUCGGGCUGCUGCGCCGCACCACGCGCGUGCUCGUCGCGCAGGCGCCGCGCGCGCUCGCCCGCGCCGCGCGCGUGCUCGUGCUGCAGCACGGGCGCCUCGUCAGGCAAGGUGACACUUCACAUUGUGUUUAUACUCAUUGUCGGGCGUGGACGGCGCGGUGGGCGCGCACGUCCUGCAGCGCUGCGUGCUCGGGCUGCUGCGCCGCACCACGCGCGUGCUCGUCGCGCAGGCGCCGCGCGCGCUCGCCCGCGCCGCGCGCGUGCUCGUGCUGCAGCACGGGCGCCUCGUCAGGCAAGCGCUGCGUGCUCGGGCUGCUGCGCCGCACCACGCGCGUGCUCGUCGCGCAGGCGCCGCGCGCGCUCGCCCGCGCCGCGCGCGUGCUCGUGCUGCAGCACGGGCGCCUCGUCAGGCAAGGUGACACUUCACAUUGUGUUUAUACUCAUUGUCGGGCGUGGACGGCGCGGUGGGCGCGCACGUCCUGCAGCGCUGCGUGCUCGGGCUGCUGCGCCGCACCACGCGCGUGCUCGUCGCGCAGGCGCCGCGCGCGCUCGCCCGCGCCGCGCGCGUGCUCGUGCUGCAGCACGGGCGCCUCGUCAGGCAAGCACUUCACAUUGUGUUUAUACUCAUUGUCGGGCGUGGACGGCGCGGUGGGCGCGCACGUCCUGCAGCGCUGCGUGCUCGGGCUGCUGCGCCGCACCACGCGCGUGCUCGUCGCGCAGGCGCCGCGCGCGCUCGCCCGCGCCGCGCGCGUGCUCGUGCUGCAGCACAGGCGCCUCGUCAGGCAAGGUCCCCCGGAAAUGGUCCUGAACGACAUUGACGAGUUUUUCCCGAGUGAAACUGAAUCCAUAGGAGAGGAACCACCGCGGCAACCAGAUGAAGAACAGAAAGAUCAAGACGAUACACAGCAAAAUGACCUUGAGGAAGAUGAAGCAAUGUCCCAAGGGACUGUAAGCUCUUGGGUGAUUGGACUUUACCUGAAGUCUGUCGGGAUAUUCCUCACCAUAAUCAUAAUACUCUCAUUGAUACUCAUGCAACUGUCACAAAAUUUCACAUUCCUUUGGCUCACAUUUUGGUUAAAGAAUAGAACAAAAAAUUCCACCACAGUAGAUUCGGCUUUCAUAGACGUGCCACACGAAAAUAUAACGGUUUUGGACCACGGAAUGAACGUUUUGGACAAUAUUGCGCAUGUUCUAGUAAAUUCUACAAUUAAAAUUAUUGCCAAUAUGGGUAUGUAUAAUGCAACCGUCAAUGAACCAAUCAACUCGACUCCCGUUUUGACUACGGUUCCACUAUUUGCCAACGGCACACCAGUGUACAACGAUGAGUUUUACUUAGAAGUAUAUUUUGGUUUGGCCGGCUUAAAUUUGCUCGUGACGAUCAUGAGAGCCUUCUUGUUCGCGUAUGGAGGAGUUCAAGCAGCAUCAAAAAUACAUAGAGUUCUGCUAAAAGUUAUUGUGAAGGCUAAAGUGAAAUUUUUCGACGUGACGCCUAUUGGGAGAAUACUCAAUCGUUUUUCAUCUGACACAUACACUGUUGACGACUCUUUGCCCUUCAUCUUAAACAUACUGCUGGCACAAUUCUUUGGACUUGUUGGUGCCAUUGCGGUGACUUUGUAUGGUAUACCAUGGUUGCUUGUGGGGGUGAUACCAUUGGUGUUCAUCUACUAUUGGCUGCAGAGGAUAUAUCGCAUCACAUCGAGACAACUCAAAAGAUUGCAAAGUGUCACCCUGUCGCCCGUAUACUCACACUUCAAUGACACACUCGAGGGAGUGCAGACGCUGCGCGCGCUGCUGCGCGCGCGCUCGCCGCCGCGCGCGCUCGCGUGCUGCCUGCAGCGCGCCGUGCACGUCGCCGACCCCGGAUUGGUGGGCCUCGCCAUCUCUUACGCAUUAUCAUUGACAUCAAUGUUGAGCAACGUUCUUAACGCAUUUACGGAAACGGAAAGAGAAAUGAUAGCUGUGGAACGAGUCGGAGAGUAUAUUAGACAGGUCGAAACGGAAAAAAUAGAUGGGAAUCCACCACCAUACGGAUGGCCGUUUCAAGGUGUUAUAGAAUUCGAAGAUGUCUAUCUCAAUUACAGUGAUAGAGAAGGCAGUUCACCCGCGCUAUGUGGCGUGACGUUCUCGAGCUGGCCGGGCGAGAAGCUGGGCGUGGUCGGCCGCACGGGCGCCGGUAAGAGCUCGCUGCUGCACGCGCUGCUGCGCCUGCGCGCCCCCUCCGCCGGCCGCGUCCUCGUCGACGGCGUCGAUGUCGCCACACUACAUCUACAUGCACUGAGAUCACGCAUAGCGGUGGUCCCGCAGGAGCCGUUCAUAUUCUCGGGCAGCAUUCGCGAUAACGUUGACCCGUUGCGGCAGUACCUGGACGCGGAGGUGACACGCGCGCUAGAGGCGUGCGGCGCGUGGGGCGCGGUGCGUGCGCGCGGCGGGCUGGCGGCGGGCGCGCGGGACCUGUCGCGCGGCACGGCGCAGCUGCUGUGUCUCGCGCGCGCGCAGCUGCAGCGCGCCAAGAUACUCCUCGUCGACGAGGCGACAGCGAAUUUGGACCACGAAGCAGAGAGAUUGAUCUUAGACACAAUCCGUUGUUCGUUCGGCGGGUCAACAGUAGUGUUCGUGGCGCACAGGAUGACCGGCGUGCUGGAGUGCUCGCGCGUGCUCGUGCUGGGCGGCGGGAAGGUGCUGGAGCUGCGCACGCCCGACGACGCGCUCGCAGACCACGGCUCGCAUCUUUACAGUCUAGUGUUCGGCUCAUAAACGAUACGUAUAUUAUUAACUAAGGUAUUAACAUAUUCCAUAUUAUAUAAUGCUUGCAAAUAUAAUGUACAAUACGUGUAAAUUAUGUUUUCCAUUUUUGCUAAUUUGUUGCUAUGUAUUUAAGUAUGCCAAAAUAAAAAUAUACAGCUUGAAUGUAUAAUAUUAUGGUUACACACAUUUAGGAGUGAUAUUGAAAUGGAAACUAAAAUAAUGUGAUAAUUCGUAAAACUUAUUUAUGGUUACACUUUGCUUAUAUGAGAGGUUGUACUUGACGAUUUUGUUUUUUUUUUUUUAUUUAGUAUGUAAUUAUUUUUGUAGCUGACAUUUAAUAUUUUUACAUUUCGAAGGUCAAAAAAUAAUUAUAAAUCGUUUUUUUUUGUUACGAGCACGGCAAACUGACCCCACUGAUGGUAAGUGGAGUGGGAUCCAAUAAAAUGUCGAUUGACGAGAGGUGAUUAUCAGUCGACAGACACUACAAUUAUUCUGGCCUGUCCAGCAUAAUUGUGACGACUGUCGUCGAAGGCGCUUCAUCUGUCAUCUCAUCAUACACAGGCUGAUCACAGAAAAUGACACACUUACAUGGGCCACUGUUGUGGGUUUUAACACCUUGUGUACGUUGGUCGUUAUCCGGAUGGAUAUAAAAUAUAUCCUACCACCUGGUAGUAACCGCUGGUGUGAUUAAUAUGCAUAAUGUAAUAAUUUUGGUUAUAAUUUAACAUGAUAUUUAUUAUUCGUUAAGGUUAUCUCUCAAUAGGUUGAUGUAAUGUUGCUAUUUUCUAUGCUAAGGUAUGCAAACUUAAUCCUUACUUUUUAAAGCAACGAUAAAAAAAAAAAUUAUCACGGCAGAUUUCGUCUCUAUGUUGAUAAUUGACCAAUUUGACCAGUCAUUCAUGUUUCCACUUAAACGAUUGUAUCGCGCAUAAUGGAUUAUUUAUGUGAUUUUUGUGAGUCAAGUAGUAAAAUAUCAGGUCACCAUAAACUUAUACAGAUCAUUUGUAUAAUGGAUUGUAUUAUUGUGCAUAUGGGACCGUUUUCAAUAUAACGAUCCCAAUUUUAAUCUCCGAUAAGAUCCCGAGAUUAAACCAAUCCAAAUAUAUCCCAAUGUAUAGUUGUAAGUAUGUCAAAUAAAAUCUUAAUGCCGAUUGGUCUAUUUUCGAGUUGGAUUGGAAAAAGCUAUUAAAAUCUUUUAUCGAAGUCAGUAGAUAAUGUAUUUCGAGACUGAUCUAUGUAACUAGUCAAUGGAAAUCGGCGUCGUUAUUUAUAACUACUCGAUAUUAAAAGCUUGAAUGGUAGUUAAAGUUGACAUUUCCUGUCUUCAUACUAAGACCUAGUUUUUCAAUUAUCUUAUAAUAAUUAUUCGUUGGAAAAAACAUAACAACAACAAAUAAAUUGAAUUGCAACUGUAACGAUAAAUAAAUGAACCAUUUGACCAUUAACCCUUACUGUUUGCAAUAAAAAACAAAGAGAAGUUGCAAAGAUCGAAAUUAGAGAAAAACCUAAAAUCCCCUAAAAUUUUAUACAAAAUUGAAAGUAAGACUUAUAGAUCGCACACCUCUAGUCUUAGCUCUAACUGGUUCGUAUACGAAGGGUUCAUUGUCUGGGAAAAUAUUAUCCUGCAACAGCGAGUUGCGAAUAUUGAGUUCAGAAGUUGCAUUGCUAAAAUUAGGUUUAAAACUAUGAUUACAUAAUUUAUAAUUUUAUGUGUUUAGUAUAUGGCUGUGAGUGAUUUGGUCAUUUUCAUUGAUUUGACUUUUAUAGUAGGUUUUUAAAAUAGGCCAAUAUCAUAGAUGGAUAGACGAUGUACGUAUAUAAUAAUAUAAUAUACUUAGUCGAUUUACAUAAUUAAUGUUAUGUUAAAAACCAUACAAGUUUAUUUAUUUGUUUGCACCAGGUUUUUGAUGUUGGCGUAAAAGAUUGAAUAUCUUGAGUCACAUGUUAUUGGUAAACGGAUAGAACAUAGAAAGCUUGGUAAUGGCAAUUAUUAAUACCUUUAUAAAGAUAACUGUAAAGCCCCGUAGCAAUAUAAUUAAAGUGGGGCCCACCUGACAUGAGAAAUGCCUACUCAAAUAUAUUUUUUCCAGCUACUAUUUUUUACGCCACUGGAUAACGAAUGUGUAACGUAAAGAUUUUUCAUUGUGAUGAGUCACAAGACACAACGAAAUAACGAAAAUAUCAUUUACGUAUUUUAAAUUAAAAAAACCAUUUGCGACUCUUAUUGAUUAAUUUGUUUAAUCAAUUUUAUAUAAUAUCUAUAAUAUGAUCGAAAAUAAGCUAUUUGUGUAAUAAAUUAAUUAUAAUGUUGAUAAGUAGAUUUUAUUAUAAUGACAAGAAGUAUUUUUUUACAUGCCUAAUAAUAUAAAUUAUAUUGGAAGAUGUUAAAUGUCUUAUGUUGUAGGUAUGAAUAGUUAAUAGUUUUAGUAUUAGUUAUUAGUCUCUUAAUGAUUAAAUAUUUUAAUUAAAAUUUAUUUUACACAUCUA